AAUCUGUGAGGUGCUUUAGGGGGGCUCGCCCCUCAGCAGGUGGAAAAAGACUGGGGGGCGGGUCCCUUAUCGGUUAACAGUGGAGUUUAACGCCCCCGCCGAGAUGCCUGCUUUUUAAAACCGGGAGAACCGGACCCUUCAGCCUCACAGAGAAAAUGGGCUCGCCCGAAGAACUUGGGUAUCGUCUCCUAACCGAAUACACCAACGGCUUUCUGGUCUCCAAGGUGAUGUUCACGGCCUGUGAGCUGGGAGUGUUCGACCUCUUGGAGGGAUCGGGGAGGCCGCUGGGGUCAGAAGCCAUCGCUGACCGCUUGGCCGCAAGUCGCCGUGGGAUGGAACUCCUGCUCGACACCUGUGUGGGGCUCAAGCUGCUCCACAGGGAAACGGACGACGGAAAAGCUUUGUACCACAAUACAGCACUCGCCACCUUAUAUCUUACCCAGUCUGGCCCUAAAUCGCAGUAUCACAUGUUGCUGUAUUACUCCAAAACAACCUACGUGUGCUGGAACUACCUGACAGAAGCCGUGAGAGAAGGCAAAAACCAGUACCUGAGGGCGUUUGGCAAGUCAUCACAGGAACUCUUCGAAGCAAUCUACAGGUCUGAGGAAGAACUCUUGACUUUCAUGUCUGGCCUGAAUGAGAUGUGGAGGAUCUGUGGUGAAGACGUGAUAGCUUCAUUUGACCUGGCCCCUUUCCCUCUCAUCUGUGAUCUUGGAGGCGGUUCAGGUUCCCUGGCCAGAGAAUGUGUCUCUCAGUAUCCGAACUGCUCAGUCACCAUCUUCGACCUUCCGGAGGCGGUGCAGGUAGCCAAGAGACACUUUGGACUUCUCGAGGAACAACGAAUCAGCUUCCAGGCAGGGGAUUUUUUCAAAGAGAGUAUUCCGGAAGCCGACCUGUACAUUCUAGCGAGGGUUCUUCAUGACUGGGGGGAUGAGAAAUGCCUGCAGCUUUUAUCUAAGAUCCGCGAAGCCGGCAAACCAGGCUGCGGGCUGCUGGUGGUGGAGACCAUUUUGGACGAAGACAAGACGGGGCCUUUGGUGGCUCAGCUCUACUCCGUGAACAUGCUGGUCCAGACGGAGGGAAGAGAACGGACCACAGCCGAAUACCGCGAGCUGCUCGCGGCGGCUGGCUUCUCGCGCAUCCAGGUCAAGAGAACAGGAAACCCGUACGAUGCUAUUUUAGGCAGGAAGUAAUCUCGUCUCAGACCCCGACGGUCCUUGAGCGCGUUAGAGGGAUGCGGAGUCCGAUCCUUUUAUCUGUUUUUAUUACAUUUUUUCCAUUUUUUUCUUUAAGGGUAUUUGUUAAGCACUCACUAUGUGUCAAGCACUGUUUUAAGCGCCAGGCCAACUGGCUGAACACUGGUCAGUCGGUUGUAUUCAUCGAGCGCUUACUGUGUGCGGAGCACUGGGCUAAGUGCUUGGG